CGGUUCUUCGUUUGACAAUGCGGAACUCACAGCGCAUGCGCAAAUUUCCAGGAAGUGUUAACCAGCUGAUAGCCAAAUUGUCAACAGUUAAGCCUGCGAUACCUUCGCCGCUAAAGGACAACAAACACGACCAAACAAGGAGUGCAGAGAAGUCAAGACGCCGCCUGCCUGCACGACGUGACACCACGACCUGUUAGAAAGUCAGUGUCAGUGCUCUGUUCCCGGGAGGAGGCCCAGCCCCCCCUGCCGUCCCCUACAGCGGGCCGCUAUGAGCUCCAGAGGGAGUGGAGGCCGCUCCAACGGCACACUACCCCAGACCAAGAUCUGCCAGUUCAAGCUGGUGCUGCUGGGUGACAUGGCUGUGGGCAAGUCCAGCCUGGUGCUGCGGUUUGUCAAGGGACAGUUUGACGAGUUCCAGGAGACGACUAUCGGAGCUGCAUUCCUGGCUCAGUCGGUGUGUCUGGACGACACCACAGUGAAGUUUGAGAUCUGGGACACUGCGGGACAGGAGCGAUACCACAGCCUGGCCCCCAUGUACUACCGCGGUGCUCAGGCUGCCAUCGUUGUCUUUGACAUCACCAAGCCGGAGACGUUCGAGCGAGCCAAGGCCUGGGUGAAGGAGCUGCAGCGACAGGCCAGUCCUAACAUUGUUAUCGCUCUGGCUGGAAACAAGGCUGACCUGGCAGAGAGGAGACUAGUAGAGUACGAGGAAGCACAGACGUACACUGAAGACACCGGCCUGCUCUUUAUGGAGACGUCCGCAAAGACCGCCAUGAACGUCAACGAGCUCUUCCUGGCCAUUGCAAAAAAGAUGCCAAAAACAGACACCCAGAACCCGACACACGCAGCGCGACAUCGGGGAGUCAACCUCCAGGACCCAGACGCCCACUCCACCCGAGCCUGCUGCGGAGGGAACUAGAGCUCCACCACUCGCACCACAAUCCCGCCAUCCGCACAACCACCCAGCAGCCCUUCAAACAUCCCGUCUCCUUCAAACCGACUCACAGAGGCGGGACCUGAUACUGGGACAUCCGGUAUCAACUCCCCCCCCCUCACCUCACCAUCCAUUCAUCGUGCUGUCCGAGCAGACGGAGUCAGAGACAGAAAUUCAAAGGAAAGAAGAAGAGAAAGACGCAGAUGAGUUUAACGCCUGUCUCUCUCGACCGACUGAGAGUCUUUGUUUGGCAUGAGAGGAGGGAACUUAAGACUGUGAAAAGAGAGAGCCUGUUGUAGUAUUUAGCACUAAAUGUGUCAUUUCUUUGUCUUCAUUCUGCCUUGCAUUGUUUCAGUCAGAGCACUGACAGCGUUAAAAAAAAAAUGCACAAAACAAGCAG